AUGGAGGAGCCGAGCGAUGAUGAGAACGACAUGCUGGAUCUGGCGUUUGGAUUGACGGAGACCAGUCGGCUGGGGUGUCAGGUUGUUAUGAGUAAGGAGUUGGAUGGGCUGGUGGUCAAAUUACCAUCCAUGACGCGGAAUAUGCAAGCGUCAGAUUUCGCGGACAAGAAGUGA